GCGGGAAAUCAGCAGCAAGCCAAGUGCUGGAGUGAUGACUGACCACGCAACACUUUGGAACAAAUGACUGAAGUCUACACAUUCAGAAGGUGCCAGAAGUUGCACAUGAAUCUAAUUUGAUUACCUUUGAAUGCGAAAAGAUGCUGCAGAGGGUUUUAUCUACAAUGGGGUCUUAAAAUUGCUCCAAGAUAAUCGACUUCAACGAUUUUACUGACAGGAUCUCUUGGUGGGAGUCUGUGAGUGGGGGCUGGCAUGUGGCCCCCUGAUCUCGGGCCUCCAGAUGUGACUCUUCCUGGAUUUGGGAGUGUGUUUGAGGAUGCUGAGGAUCUUCAGGCGCCGCUGUCUUCUGGUGGCUUCUGCCAGCCAUCGAUCCAUUCGGGAGGCCUGUGCUGUCUUCCCAGGACCUCACUGUCACUCUCCUCGCUUGGGCGUGACCUCACCUCCCUGCUCAACUGUAAGACAGCCGGAUCCCACGUAGAAAAGACUGUGGAGGACUUUGCAACCACAGCUCACACAGACACCCAAAACAGCACUCAGAGGUUUAGCUGCUACCCUCAGCCUUCCUUCCCAAUUUCCUACAUGCUCACCAGCUGUGCCACAUCUUCAUCUUUCGCCUCGCCACCUUCCUCACUGUCUUCUGCCUCCUCAUCUCUACUUUUUGCAUCUUGCUUGCCUCUUUCUGAUGCCAACAAUAAAUUGUCUCAACAACAACAAAAGCCACAGGAGGAAUAUUGCUCCGUAAAACAAGAACCUGCAGAUGAUUUCUUGCCAUGUAAGAGGGAACAGUUUCAAAUUAGCAACCAGCAGGGGGAGCUGUACCAUUUAAAUCAGGCUUUUCAAGGAUACAGCAAUCAGGACAGCACACAGUCCUCUCUUCAGUCCCCCAUGAUUAACGUACCUGUGGGACAGGACCCCACGCUUGACCAGCAGGAGCAACCGUGUCAUUGGAUCGACUGCAGUGCCACUUAUAGCACCCAGGAGGAGCUAGUGAGGCACAUCGAGAAAGUGCACAUCGACCAGAGAAAAGGGGAGGAGUUUGCAUGUUUCUGGACUGGCUGUGUGCGACGCAACAAACCGUUCAAUGCUCGCUACAAGCUGCUUAUCCACAUGAGGGUCCAUUCUGGAGAAAAACCCAACAAGUGCAUGUUUGAGGGCUGCUCCAAGGCGUUCUCCCGUCUGGAGAACCUGAAGAUCCACCUGAGGAGCCACACGGGGGAGAAACCUUACAUUUGCCAGCACCCCGGCUGCCUCAAGGCUUUCAGCAACUCCAGUGAUCGUGCUAAACACCAGCGCACACAUCUGGACACGAAACCAUACGCCUGUCAGAUACCAGGAUGCACCAAGCGCUACACUGACCCCAGCUCAUUACGAAAGCACGUCAAAGCUCAUUCAGCCAAAGGCCUUCAGGAAAAGGAGGUCAAGGUUCAGGUGCACACGAUGCUGGAAUCUGACAUCUUAAGUGACUGCCUGGCACGCCAGCAUCUCCACAGCUCUGCCUCGUCGCACCAAGAAAACAGCUCACCUUUACCGGCUUUAGAUGACUUCACAGGUGUGUACUCAAACAGCAGCAGCACCGCCCACAGUCGGGGGAAUUCAGAGUUUCUGCCCCCAUCAGCAGACUCGAGGUAUCCAGGCCUGGAGGGAAACUUUGAUGCUAAUAGCCCAAUAUCUUCAUUAACAAGCCCGGGGAGCAUGAGAGAGGGGAACAGACCAGCUUCCUUGUUUGUGUCCGCUGACGUGAUCCCAGCGAGUCCCUGCUCAGACAGAGUGGACGUCCGGCUGCAGGGCUUCCAGAAAACCUACAACCACCAACAGCAAGUGUUCUCGCAGCAACACGGCUGCCUGUAUGGAGAGGGAAAGAUGGCUCAGGCACCCAGCGAUGGAGGUUUUGAGCCUGCAAGUUACUUCACCAACCAGCCCGCCUCCCACUCUACAGGGUUUGACUUGCUGCAGGACCUGCAGGGUCAGGCGGGGGGCGGUUACUCCUUGCCUCCCUGCCCAGACGACAGCUUCCUCUUCCAGGCAGGUGGUGUCGACCGCUGCCUCAGUCAGAUUUACUCCGUCUAUCUGGACUCGUGAUGGACACCCAGAAAUAUUCUAUGCAGCAUGAAUGCGACAGCUGACAAUCACUCACUUGUGUAUAUAUAUAUAUCUAAGGAUCAUUUUAUCAGCAUUGUUCCUUUUUUGGCAAGAGAAAAAAGCCAGUGGGAGUUUAAAUGGUACAAAAAUAACUAGAGGCUGAAAAACUCUUGUUAAGCUGUGGAUCUGUGGACAAAAAAACAAAUGGCCAAAAGGGAAAAUCACAGAGAGACAGUACUGUGCAAGAGUCUUGACCCACCCAACAUUUCUUUAUAUUUCACUAGCAAAAUGGGAAAUAGGCAAUGCCAUUUGUUGAAAUGUUCAAAGAUAUAAGGCAGAAACAGUGUUUGCAGAUUUCUGAAAAGCUUGAAAGUCAAUAUCUGGUAUGACGCUUUCAUUUAAUUUCUUUAAGUAGUCUUUAGGAAAUGUCCUCCAGACUUCCUGAAGAACAUUUAAAGCUUUUCUUUGGAUGUUUGCUGCAUUGAGCUCUGUGCUCUGUCUACAUGAUCCCACACUGUUUCAGUAAUGUUGAAACAGGGAGCACAGUUCAUGACCGAUACUGUUCCGUUGUGUGUUUUUCUAUUCAGGUAAGCUUUUACUGCAUCUUCAGUGUGUUUGGGAGCGUUGCCACUAAGAUGAUUAUCAGACGGUACUGAAUGGUGGACCGAAAUCUGACAGUAUCAGAUCUGACAGGAUCCCCAAGGGCAUGUCUGUCAGAUGAUAAUACUAUUACUAGAAUAGCGUUAUAAGCCUGCCACUUCUUCGUUUGUCCCUUGCUUGUUCAGUUCCCUAAAAUUCUUUAAAGAUGCUGCUCAGAGGUCAGUGUAAAGUGGCUUAAUAAACAAAAACAUUCCUGUGAAAAUGCUCAGGUACAAGCUCU